CCAGAUGGAUAGAAAGCGAAUAAAAGUCUAGAUUUUGAAUGGAUCACAUGCGAUCUCUGUUCUCUUUCUCGUACUAGUAAUGUUCCCCCCAAACCCUCCGGUGCGUCUGUUGGUUUUGUCCGCCUUCUCGCCCGCUCUCUCCCUCUCCGCACUGCCAGGUGUACUUCCGCGAAGCUUUGGGAGAGUCGAGGGAGGAGGAAAGAUUGGUUUUUGAAGGAGAAAAACAAACGGCGAUUCGAGAUCGAGACAAAUCCGAGCGAAAGGAAAGGCGGGCAGGGAAGAGAAGGGAAGAAGAGAGGAGAGCGUUGCAGGCGUUUGAUGGUAUUGAUGGUGGCUCAAGGGAGGGGUUUUAGUAUGAUGGGAAAAGGCCAGGCCCAGGUGUGCGUUUGGAUUUCUUCGCUCCGCUCUCCUCCAAAAAGAGCCUUCUUUUGAAAAAAAGGAAGAGGAAAAUACGCCCCACAAGAAGUUUCUUCUGAGAGAGAGAGACAGAGAGAGAAGAAGCAAGAGGAAUAGAAAUAGAAAAGGAAAAGGGGAGGAAAGAUCUGAGAGAGAGAGAGAGAGAGGAGGAGGUGGGGGGAGGUUGCUCUUCUUUUUAUGCCCUUUUUUCUUGAAGGAUAGACAAAAAGCCAAAAUAAAAGCAAAAGAUGGCAGAAGAUUGCUGUUCUUUCAAUAAGGAGUCAUUCAUAAUAAAGCCUCCAAAGAAAUCACCGCUUGCAUUGAGGAUGGUUGUCUUGGUUGCUGUUAUGAUCUGUGGUGUUUAUAUUUGCUCUAUGUGUUUAAAGCAAAUAGGGAAUCAUGGUGUGCCCAGAAUAAUAAUGAUCGAACUAGCAGAACUGCCUUGCCAUGAUCCUGGUAUUCCACCAUCUGAGAUUCCUUAUGUGCACUAUCCGGAACCUACCACUUAUAGCAGGGAAGAAUGUGCAUGCACACCAGUUCGAUACUUUGCUAUAUUGUCAAUGCAGAGGUCUGGAAGUGGGUGGUUUGAGACUUUGCUAAAUAGCCACAUUAACAUUAGCUCUAAUGGGGAGAUAUUCUCUGUCAAAGAAAGGAGAAGCAAUAUAUCAGCCAUCAUAAAGACAUUGGAUAAAGUUUACAAUCUAGAUUGGCACAGUAGUGCUUCAAAAAAUGAAUGCACAGCUGCCGUUGGCUUUAAGUGGAUGCUUAAUCAGGGUCUCAUGGCAAAUCAUGAAAAAAUAGUUGAUUACUUCAGGAUAAGAGGGGUCUUUGCAAUAUUCCUUUUUAGAAGAAACCGACUCCGCCAGAUGGUCUCAAUAGUAGCAAACAAUCAUGAUCGAAACACUAAGCAGUUAAAUGGAACGCAUAAAGCUCACGUACAUUCAAAAGAUGAGGCAGAAGUUCUUGCACGAUACAAACCUACAAUUAAUGCCACAUCGUUAAUGUUUCAUCUAAGAAGCACGGGGGAGUCAACCGCCAAUGCGCUUGAGUACUUUAACAGCACCCGCCACAUUGUUGUCUACUAUGAGGAUCUCAUUCGGAACCGCACUAAAAUGGUGGAUGUUCUGGACUUCCUUAAAGUGCCUCAGAGGAAGCUGGCUAGUCGUCAUGUAAAAAUACACACUAGACCAUUAUCUGACCAGGUUCAGAACUGGGAUGAUGUCUACCAUGCCCUUAAAGGAACUCAGUAUGAGAACUUCUUGAAUGCUGAUUACAAAUUGUAGAGUGUGACCAUGAGCUCAGUUGGUGUAUAUAAUUUCCCUUCUUUUCUCCCCUUUCCGAUAGCUGGCUUUUUUGUCCAAUCUUAAGCCAGAAAAAUUUUGGCUGUCGAAAUAGCAUUUGGUGCUUAAAGAAUUAUUCCCAAAGUUUUCCAAGUUUUCUGUUUUCCCUAAGAAUAUGAUUCGAGGUAUGCGAGUUAGCUCCGAGAUGCCUCAUUCCUGUAUAUGGAUUGCUCUUGAUUUUGUGCGUUGACAAUUCAUCAUUCUUGAUGAUUUUUUUUUUUCACUUAGUACAGUGAUUAAUA